GCUAUGCCUCCCCAGCCGAGCGGUAAGGCCGUGAAGAAGGCCGGCAAGGCGCAGAAGAAUGUGCGCGCCACCGACAAGAAGAAGAAGAAGCGCCGCAGGAAGGAGAGCUUCUCCAUCUACAUCUACAAGGUGCUGAAGCAGGUGCACCCCGACACUGGAGUCUCCAGCAAGGCCAUGUCCAUCAUGAACAGCUUCGUGAACGACAUCUUCGAGCGCAUCGCCGCCGAGUCGUCCCGUCUGGCUCACUACAACAAGCGCUCGACCAUCACGAGCCGGGAGAUCCAGACUGCCGUGCGUCUGCUGCUGCCGGGCGAGCUGGCCAAGCACGCCGUGUCCGAGGGCACCAAAGCCGUCACCAAGUACACCAGCUCCAAGUAG